AUGAUUCCCCCGCGGCUGCAGGGGGCGCUGUGGCGCGGGCUCGGCCGUCUCUCUCUGUGGUUAGCGAAGACUCCGCCGGCGGGAGAGAGAGAGAAGCUUCCUUCCCUCCCUGACGGGGGUCUGAGCCAGCAAGAGCAGCUGGGGAAUGCAGCCCCAGGCAGGAAGGAGAUCCCCAACUCGUCCUCCUGCAAGCCACUGGCCAUCCAAAGCCGCCACACAGGGGAGCGGUGGCCACAGCAGCGAGUGACAGCCAGCCUGGAUGGCCGGGGACACAGGGAUGGCCGUGAAGCACAGACCCUCGGCCUCGCUGGUGCCCAGACCACCCAGCUCCUGGUGGAGCCCCCAUGGACACCAGCAGUGCUGUGGGACCGGGUGACACUGACCUGCCAGGGCUCGGGGACCACCGGUGCCACCACCUGGUACAAGGAUGGGCAGCGGUGGGGGCAGAACAGAGGAGACCACAUCACUGUCACCGAGAGUGGCACCUACAGGUGUGACAGACCUGGCAGUGGGCUCAGCCCCCCCGUGAGAGUCUUAAAUGACCAGUUGGUGCUGCAGGUGCCAGCACGGCCACUGCUGGAGGGGGACACUGUGACACUGCGCUGCCGGGCCAGGCAGGAAACGUCAGUCAGCAGGGUGAAAUUUUACCGAGAUGAGAAGGAUCUGGGGGCGUCCCUAAAGGGGCCCAAGCUGUCGCUGCCCCCCCUGCAGCUGCACCACAGCGGCCGCUACCACUGCAGGGGUUUGGUGAACUUUUGGCAGUCACAGUCAGCGCCGGUGACAGUGACAGUGCAGGAGCUCUUCACAGCACCGGUGCUGGAGGGUCCCCCUGAAGUCACCGAGGGGUCCCCCCUCAAUCUCAGUUGCCUCAGCACCCCCAGCCCCCUGCGGCCCAGAGCCCCCCCCCUCCUGCACCUCUUCUACCGGGACGGGCAGUUGGUGGGGGGCCCGCAGGGGUCCCCGCAACUCCUGGUGCCCGCCGUGGGUGUCUCCCACUCGGGGAAUUACAGCUGCCAGGUGUGCUCCGAGGGGGGGGUCGUGCGGAAGAGCAGCGCCCAACUCGGCAUCACGGUGCACAGGGUCCCGCCCUCGGGGGUGUCCCUGUCAGCACAGCCCCCUGGGGGACAGGUGGCACUGGGGGACCGCCUGGUGCUGAGCUGCAUGGUGACCACAGGGACAGGUCCCCUGUCCUUCACCUGGCACCGAGGGGGCUCAGGGGCACCACUGGACACCGGCCCCCUGGAGCUGCACCACACUGGGGACAAUGACAGCAGCCAUUGUCACCAAUGUGUCAGCAAUGGGGAGAGCAUGGCCGAGAGUGUCCCCCUGAAUGUCACUGUCCUGGUGCCCGUGGCCAAUGCUACCAUCACCCCCGGUCCCCUGUCACACCAGGUGCACACCGGUGACCCUGUGACCCUGCGCUGCUCGGUGCAGGUGGGCUCAGCCCCUGUCACCUUCACCUGGCUGCACAACGGGCAGGAGGUGGCCCAGGGUCCUGUCCUGGAGCUUGGGAACAUCACUGUGGGACAUUCAGGCACCUACCAGUGCAUGGCCACCAACCAGCUGGGACAGGAUGGGCACCGCGUGUUCCAGGCACUCAGCCCCAAGCUGGCCCUGGAGGUGACACCACAAGGACACUUGAACACAGUCCCAGCCACUGGGGUUGGCUUGUUCCUCCUCUUCCUGGUCCUGCUUGUGGGUGGAGGUGUUGGCUGGCGCUCGUGGAACCACAUGGGUGGGGUCCCCUCGGAUUCCCCAGUCACCGCAGAGGAGGGGGAGGUGCUGUACACCCACGUCAUGAGCACCAAGCAGAUGGGGGCGUCCCCCCACGCCACCACACUCCAGGAUUCCCCGGUGACCUACGUGGAGCUGCGUGGACCCCACGGGCGACUGCGGGAACUCAGUGACAUCCACAGGAACAUGCUGUGA